GUUGAUGCAGGAUUGAGGUGAAGAUCAUUAAUGACAGAACCCACCAAGAAGCGAAAGAGGCUCGUACUUAGUUGCGACAACUGCCGCACGAGGAAAACGAAAUGUGAUCGUAACCUCCCUUGUUCAAAUUGUAUCAAGCUCAGCAUUGGCCACAGGUGUACAUUUAGCUCACCAAAUCAUAUUAAUCAUUCAAAGCUUGCAAGUCUCAAUACAGAACCCGAUGGCAACGAUAAAUCGAAGAUUAUAUCAGAACUAGAAAGCUUGAAGCUCAAGCUUCAAUCAAUUGAGGGAUCUAUAGGGAAUUCAAGCACUUCUCAAAGUAUUUCACCAGAGGCGUCAAUCGGAACAUCAUCAAUAUCUGCGAUACCAAGUAACUCAAAAUAUUCUUUCACAGACACAGAGGUUAGUAUAGGUUCACCAUCGAACUUCAUUUCAGGUUUGCUGCCCCAAGUUCCGGUUCAUCCUCAGAGAAUUGUUCAACCUGGAUUGUUGACUUCGACAUCCCUACUACCCUUACCAGCACAACUACAACCUCUUGUGUCUCAACAAAAUUCUGAUACUCAAUCACAGUUCUUCCACUCUUUGCCAUCCAUUCCUAAUAUUGCUCAUGGAUAUGCAUUAGAUUCCUCUGAAAGGCGUAAACCGUCAUUGAAGGAAUUGUUCGGUACGAGGGAACUAAAGUAUCUUAUUGAAUCUGAAGAUGCUAUACGCCAAGCCAACAAAGAUUUAUACCUAGGAAUUAAUCCAAUCGUUCCGGAUCCGAAGUUUUUCAAUCUACAUUUUUGUAUUGAUUCCACCAACCUGAUCAAACCAUCAAUACCACCUUUACCACUUCGAUGUUUACUGAGAAGGGAUCCAGGAUGUUGUCUCUUCUGGAAUCAACAUGAGCUCUCAACAAAAAUAUUUUUCAGCUUUCCUACGAAGGGAACAAAUAAGGGCAUUACAGCGUUGGAUAUUAGAGCUCAAAGGAAAUUAGGUGACCAGCAUAUCAAGCAAAUAGAGGAUGGAUUUACAAUGGAUGAGGUUAAGUUAUCCUGCUCAAAUUAUGGUAGACACUCAGGUGUUUAUUUUUGUCCAAAAUCCCUUUCAAAGCAAUCUUUACUUGAGAAAAUAGCAACACUUCUACCGGAAACAUCGGUUUGUGAGCAGUAUGUGGAUUUGUUUUUUGAGAACUUAUACGUAUUCUUCCCGAUUAUCGAUGAGAGCCAGUUCAGAGAAGACAUAGGGAAAAUAGUAAAGAAUACUGUAACACCCGAAGGAACUUUCAAAGAUCACAAGCGUAUUGUCAUAGAGAAGAGACACGAUCUUGCAACUAUCUCGAUUUAUCUUUUCAUCCUAAGAUUGAGUUAUAUUUCACAAUUCAGAUUCUACACUAAAGACACGGAGGAAACGCUCGGAGAGUAUAGUAUUAUUCUGACUCGUGGAACCGAAUUAGCCAUCCAAAAUCCUGUUCCUACGGAGGUAGCUGAAGUUGCUGAGGACUGUUUAAAGUCUUUCACGUUUACACGGAAACAGGACAUGGUAGUUUUACAAGGAGCAAUAUUGUCCAGGAUACAUGAUAGGUAUAGCCCAGACAUUGGCGAUAAACCGUCGAACGAGAAUCCAGCUUGUACGGCAAUGUUAGUGCAAAUGGCCACAAAUCUAGGGAUGCAUCGAGAUCCGGAUUAUAUUAUGGAGCUUAGUCUAAGCAGUAAUCAAAAGCACUUGAGAAGGAAAAUUUGGCAUUACUUAGUAUCGAUGGACGUUUACGAGACGAUAUUUUAUGGUACUCCUAUUACGGUAAAUCUUGCAAGCUAUGAUACGAAAGUGCCAUUUUAUGUCAGUGGAGUAGGAAAUACAAAGAAAGAGGAAACUGAGAGAGAAGCAGUAAAAAUUUUUCAAUUGCAUCGUUCUAUCAUAUUAACGACAAGUAAGUUAUCAGAGAUUUUACUGAGAAUAAAGGAUCAAGUUUCUAUGUCUUCAAUUAUAGAUCAAAUCAAUGAUUUCGAAAUUAUUGUUGCAAGGAGUUGUUCAAGACUUUCUGCAAUUAUGAAGCCACAAACCACGGAGACAGACGCAUUCCGCAUCAAAACUAUCCACAUAUAUUUGCACUCGAAAAUGUUUCUUGCAGGAAUGUAUUAUUACUUCUUCACUUAUUAUCACGAUCUGGGUGUUAAAGAGUUAGAAUUUUUCUAUUUUAAAAAGGCUUUAAUUACAAUUUUUGUUGAACUUAAUGACCUAAUGAAGAUCGUCAUUUUCAACGACGGAGGGGUAUUUGGGCAAAUGUGUGCAAUGUUGAUUUCUCCUAUUAUUAAUUUGAUUAACAGUUUUGCAUGCAUGAUAACCUUAUCAUUAUGUAUUCGAUUGACCGCAACAAGUCAGAAUAAAAACUCAAAGUUUACAGUCAAAAUUGAACAUUCGGAAGAAGAGGACAUCAAAUUGCAAGAGCUAAUGCAAGUUGCAUCCGCUUGUACAAGAGAUUUGUUGUUUAAGCUAUCAAUCACCAGCAAAAGAUUUAUAAAUGCAUGGAAAGCAAAGAAGGCAAUGUUCCAUGGAUUGAGUAUCCUUCUGAAAGGUCCUAUUUUCAAUGAUUCAACACCAAACACUUAUGCAAUCAGUUUUAACAGCGAUCAACUAAGACAAAUAAAUGAUAUCUUGAAUGGUUAUUCGAAAAUUGCAGUAACCGAAGAAGUUGACCCAUCUAGAGUUUUGCAGUCAUUUCAAUCGAUGAAUUUUGAGACAGCCGAGGACCUCAACCUUGAUGAGAAAAAAGAGGAGUACUUAAUCUCUGAAAUACAACUAGAUCAUUUCUGGCGUCAAAUGAAAAACAUCAAAAUGGUAGGCGAACAAGAUUGGUUACGUACGUUGGAAUCAACUGGGUCAGAUUAUCCAAUUAUCGAAAACAAUCUGGUUCACGGCACUGCUUAUUUCGCUGAUUUCGAUCUCUUUGACCCUUCCAUUAUGGACACUUUUGGGGAUCCUUUUUCGACUUGAUUAAUGUUGAAAGUUCAAUCUACAAAUGGGUCUACUGAUUAUUUAUGCUGUAGCUAGUUUGACUUAUUUAUUUUAUGUAGUAAUAAUAUUACAGUACACUUCAG